UUCAGCAGCUGCUCACAGGAAGACUGAAGUUACAGGCUGACACUGAGAAGGAAGAAGAGGGAAGAUCAUUCUGCAGCAGCUCUGCUCGUUCGAUAGACUACAGGUCGUCUCUUCCCCGGACGAGUAUUACUAACACUGUCUGUCUUUAUUAAAGCUAAUCAUCCCCUUUGGCAUCAUCUCCACCAUGAAGAUCCUGACUCUGUCUGCACUUCUUUGUGCCAUGAUAACUCUGACUGGAGCAGCUGCUCUUCCAGACUCUGAACCUGGGACAGAGGAAACUAUUGUUGCUCUUCCAGACACAAAGGACGAAAAUUGGACAGACUCAUUCAUUCCAGCUGGAGAGACUGAUGAUGUCCAGAGGGCCAGAUCUUGUCCCAGUGGUUGGACUGCUUUCAACAGUCGCUGUUUCCUCUACGUUCCAAGAGUCCUGAACUGGGCUCAGGCUGAGAGAAACUGUCAGUCCAUGGGUGGAAACCUUGCAUCUGUACACAGCUUUCAGGAGUACCAUGAGAUUCAGAGGAUGAUAGUGAGAGUCAGUCAUUACAGCAAUCCAGCAUGGAUUGGAGGGUCUGACGCACAACAGGAACGUCAUUGGCUCUGGAGUGACGGCACAAGAUUCAGCUAUUCUCACUGGUGUCAUGGAGAGCCUAACAAUUUUUUUGGUCAGCACUGCACACAAAUUAAUUAUAAAGAUCAGAAAUGCUGGGAUGACCUUUGGUGUGACAGAUCCCUCCCAUCAGUCUGUGCCAGGAGGUACUGAUAGGAAGAACCAAUCAAAAGGACAAACCGAUCAAUUUGUGCUUGAAAACUCACCUCUCUAUACGCCAUCCGUCUCAUAUGUAACCUAACCUAUUUCUCAUUAAACUUCUUUAUAUAUUUUUUCUAUACAAUAAUGGUAAUGGUCGCGGCAGACUGCCACCCACCUAGAGUCGGGGUCAGUCCGAGGUUUCUUCUUCUUAAAAGGAGGUUUUUCCUUGCCGCUGUCUCCAAGGUCUUGCGUAUGGUGGGAACUGUCUCUGUAAAUAAUGUUAUAAGGAGUUCGGUCUAGACCUGCUCUAUUUGUGUCCUGAGAUAACUUCUGUUAUGAAUUUGUGCUUUACAAAUAAAGCUGAAUUGAAUUGAAUUAAUGUGAUUUAAGAAGCUUAAGUGAGUGAACUGUUCUUUCUUGUCUUGUGUGAAAUUAAAAACAUUAAAACAAA